AGUGCGAGGCCUUGAGAAGAAUUCGACACCGUAAUCUCGUAAAGGUACUCACGGCAUGUUCUGGGUUUGAUUUUAAUGGAAAUAACUUCAAGGCACUUGUCUAUGAAUUCAUGUCGAACGGGAGCUUGGAUGAAUGGUUGCACCCAACUGCAUCGCAAUUUACAGAGAGAAGCAAGUUGAGCCUACUUGAGAGAGUGAAUAUUGCCAUCGAUAUUGCUUGUGCACUAGAUUAUCUCCAUCAUCACUGUGAAAUGUCGAUAGUCCAUUGUGAUAUAAAGCCAAGCAAUGUCCUUCUUGAUGAUGAGAAGAUUGGACACGUAGGCGAUUUCGGACUUUCCAGGUUCAUCCCAGAAGCAAUGAAUAAGUUACUAGCCAAUCAAUCAAGCUCUAUCAGACUGAAAGGAUCUUUUGGCUAUGUAGCUCCAGAGUACGGCGUAGGAAGUGCGGUAUCCACACAUGGAGAUGUGUACAGCUUUGGAGUCCUUAUUUUGGAGAUGUUCACAGGCAAGAGGCCGACUGAUGACAUGUUUGAAGAUGGGCUGGACCUUCAUGGCUUUGCAAAGGCAGCUCUGGCAGACCGAGUGGGGAAGGCAAUCGAUCCAGUUCUGCUUCAGGAAAUUGACGUGUCAGAGAAGAGACAAACUGUUGCUCCGAAGGGCAAGAACAAAAGCUGGUGUAGUAUUCAGGAGUGUUUGGCUUCGAUCGUCGAAAUAGGAGUCACUUCCUCUUCUGAGUCUCCCAGGGAACGAAUGGACAUCGGCGAUGCAUUGACUAAACUCCAAGGAGUCAGGAAGAAACUUCUUGAGUUCCUUGUCAUUGCCUAUCAUGUGGUCUUCAUGGCCAUUGCUUUGUCUGGAAUUGGAUAUGGAAUUUUACCAUUCACAGACGAUUUGAAUCUGGAAAUAGAAAACCACAAGUUAUUCUCGUGCUUAACUACUGUCAUUCUUCUGUUAUGGAGUGUCCUAGCUUCAGCAGAAAUGGGCAAGGACGAGACCGAUUGGCUCGCUUUGCUGGAAUUCAAGGCUCAAAUAGCCGAUCCUGGCGGUGUCUUGAGCUCGUGGAAUGAUACUAGCCACUUCUGCAAAUGGUACGGUGUCACAUGCGGUCGUAGACACCGAAGAGUCACCGUAUUGAACCUCCAGUCCAAGCAACUCUCUGGAGUCUUGACACCCCACAUUGGUAACCUGAGCUUUUUGACGGAAGUCUAUCUGCAGAACAAUAGUUUCUAUUCCGAAAUUCCCCCGCAUUUCGGCCGCUUGUUUCGGUUGCAGAAGUUGUUCCUUAAUAACAACUCGUUCAACGGACAAAUCCCUUCAAAUCUCUCCCAUUGCUCUAAUUUGCUUGUUCUUAACAUAGGCUUCAACAUGCUGGAAGAAAAAUUGCCUACACAACUCGGCUCCUCGUCCAAGCUCCAACGACUCAUACUUGGUGUCAACAGCUUGACGGGAAACAUUCCGCCGUCCUUUGGAAACUUAUCCUCUCUUCGAGCCUUCAUACCAGCGGAAAAUAACCUUGGCGGUACAAUCCCAGAGACUCUCGGCUGGUUGAGAAAUCUAAACAUCCUUGCUCUUGGCGGGAAUAAAUUUGUCGGUACGAUUCCUAUCUCCAUUUUCAAUAUAUCCACUUUGACGAUCCUUGAUGUGACUGAAAACCAAUUAGAAGGGAGCUUACCCAACGACUUAGGCUUCACUCUUCCGAAUCUCAACGAAAUUGGUUUGAGUGACAACCACCUCACUGGAGCCAUUCCUCGGUCAAUAACCAACGUCACAAAUCUCGGGGUAAUCGGAAUCGGGUUGAACAACUUUAACGGAAAAUUUCCUUCUUUUCCAAAGAUGAGAGGACUCAAUUGGCUUAACAUCGGCGGUAACAACCUAGGAUGUUGGCGAUGUUCUGAUUUGGACUUUCUCUGCUCUUUAACCAAUUCCACAAACUUGACAAUGUUGGGAAUAGCUGACAACGCUUUUGGAGGACCGAUACCCGACUGUGUUGGUAACCUCUCUAUCACCCUUUCCGUUAUUGGGUUAGGUGAUAAUCACAUUUUUGGAACCUUACCUUAUGGAAUCGGAAAUCUCAUCAAUUUGGAGUUCCUGGGCAUGGGGGGCAACAACAUCUCGGGAAACAUUCCUUCUAAGAUUGGAAAUCUAAGCAAAAUGAAGUUUAUGGAUCUCGGCCGAAAUAAUUUUUCGGGGCAAAUACCAGAAUCUAUCGGGAAUUUAAGGAUGUUAAUCGAAUUGUACUUGGAUGGCAAUAAUCUUGGGGGCUCGAUACCAUCGUUUUUAGGAAAUUGCCAGAAUCUACUUCUCUUAGACCUUUCGAACAACGACCUCAGCGGAGUGGCCUGCAUGCUCUCUUUGUUAUACUUCUUCCGACAUGGACACAAUAAGAAAACAUCAGCUUUAAGCUCUUUUGAAGACGGGCUUUUGCAUGUUUCUUAUCACAGUGUACUCAAAGCGACAGCUGGAUUCUCGUCCACCAAUCUACUCGGCAUGGGCAGCUUUGGGUCUGUGUAUAGAGGGUUUCUUGGUCAGACUCAGUCGAUCGUUGCCAUUAAGAUUCUCGACCUUACACGUCAAGGAGCUUCCAAAAGCUUCAUAGCCGAGUGUGGAGCGUUGAGAAGAAUCCGACACCAUAAUCUCGUGAAGGUACUCACGGUAUGUUCUGGGUUUGAUUUUAAUGGAAAUGAUUUCAAGGCACUAGUCUAUGAGUUCAUGUCGAAUGGGAGCUUGGAUGAAUGGUUGCACCCAACUGCAUCACAAUGUAUAGCAAGAAGCAAGUUGAGUCUACUUGAGAGAGUGAAUAUUGCAAUUGAUGUUGCUUGUGCACUAGAUUAUCUCCAUCAUCACUGUGAAAUGCUGAUAGUUCAUUGUGAUCUAAAGCCAAGCAAUGUCCUUCUAGACGAUGAAAAGACUGGACAUGUAGGCGAUUUUGGGCUUGCUAGGUUCUUCCCAAAAGCAACACAUAAGUUACUAGCUGAUCAAUCAAGCUCUAUUGGAGUAAAAGGAUCUUUUGGCUAUUUAGCUCCAGAAUAUAGCGGGGGAAGUGCAAUAUCCACAAAAGGAGAUGUGUACAGCUUCGGAGUCCUCAUUUUGGAGAUGUUCACAGGCAAGAGGCCGACCGAUGACAUGUUUGAGAGUGGGCUGAACCUACAUUGCUUCGCAAAAGCAGCUUUGGAAGACCAAGUGGAGAAGGCAAUAGAUCUCGUUCUACUUCAGGAAAUCGAGGUGCUGGUCAAGAGACAAACAGUCACUCUGGAGGGGAAUAACAAAUGCUUGUGUAGUAUUCAGGAGUGUUUGGUUUCGAUCAUCGAAAUAGGAGUCACUUCCUCUUUCGAGUCUCCGAGGGCACGAAUGGACAUCAGCGAUGCAUUGACUAAACUCCAAGGAAUCAGGAAGAAACUUCUUGAGUUCAUUGUCAUUGCCUAG